UUUUGCGCAGGCGCAGGUCAUGGUGGUGGAUAUUUUGUACACAAAAUCUGACAACGAGAGAUGCGAUGCAAAAGGAAGAGCCUUGAUAUUAAUGUUCUUGGUAGCUUAUUAGACAGCUGUUUAUAGAAACAUAUUUUUGAAGAAUUAAGUACUGUUAAGAGAAAAGAACAUCCACCAUAGCGCAGGAUAUCCUAAAAAAUAAACAGCUGACGAAUGCAGCAUUUAGGAGAGUGUCUGAUACCUUGCAGGUCUUUAAAGCAGCCCUGAAUGAUAAAUGAACUUUCACAUCAUUCUGGAUGGGAUAUGUGUAUUAGGAGUUGUUGCCCAUUAUGCCACAUAGUUUUGUAUGUGGAAGUUCAUCCAAAGUUGCUGACAGUGUAAUUGCCAAGCAGCUGUUGCAGGAACAGAGCCUCAGGAUAACGUCUAGUCAACAAAGUCGUAUGGACAAAAUGAAGAAGUUGUUGAGCUCUCCAUUAAGUAAAAGAAAAACAACCAAUGGCUCUCCCAACAAGACAUUUGGACUUCCUUUGGAAGAUCUAAUCACCAAAGACCAGGAAAUUCCCUUUGUUGUGCGCAAAAUAUGUGAAUUUAUCCGUAUGCAUGGUAUUGGUCACGAGGGUAUUUUUCGUGUCAACGGCAACGCCAGAGUGGUGGAAAAGUUGAAGGCGUCUUUUGACAAGACAGGGGACGCGGAUCUCCUCGAGGCGGGAGAUGUCAUGGCGGUGGCGGGGCUGCUAAAGUUGUUCCUUCGGGAACUUCCUGAUGCUGUCAUCCCAGAGAGCGAAACACAGAAAUAUGUGGAGAUACAUGAAGAAUAUGGUGACAAAGAUGAACUGUGCACACAGAAGUUAAAGCAGCAGAUCAAGAGUUUACCCAAGAUCAACUACGCCCAGCUGAAGUACCUGUGUCGAUUCCUGGUCCACGUGGCUCAGAGAGAGAACAGCAAUAAAAUGAGUGCCAUGGCCCUGGGGAUUGUGUUUGGCCCUAAUUUAUUCAGGUGCAGUGACGGUAUAGCAGGACUGAAAGAGCAAGGGGUGACCAACCAGAUUGUCUGCAAGUUUAUUAAUCAGUUUGAACAGCUUUUUGAUGACAAGAUUUACUCCUCAGAGGAAGAACUGAAACCAGCUCCAGCUAAGUCACAGAGAAUACAGGUUCAGGAAGCCAAGCAGCCCAGAACCCCGCCUCCACGUCCUCCACCACCAAAAUUUGAGAUAGACAGCAGCAAUGUCAGCGCCCCAGUACCCUCUCCUAGACGGUCGAAGAUGAAGCAAGAUGGCGGUGCGUACCUGGACAGCGAGGAAGUAGAGGGCAGUGAUGAAUCACGCGGAACAACUCCUCGCAGUCGUAGCAUGCUCAGCCCGCGCUUUAGUGAUGAUGAGUUUUUGGAUCCAAGAGCAACGUCUCCUUUUCACUUAGAAAGUGAGACAGGAUCCACAAUGGCUUCUCCUGUAAUUGAUGUGGUCGCCUCGGAAGUGGUAAAGAAUGUGAUCAGUGAGGUGACCCAGGACUACCUGUUUGGCAGUGACAUCAGCUCUGAUGACGACAGUGACCACAAGCCUGUCACUCCUACGCCAGCGCCUAGAAAGAAAAGGAAAGACAGAACGAAAGAGGCUCAGGUCCGAGAGGAAUCGUCGUCUCCCAAUAGAUACAUAGACCACGAUGAUGAAGAGGAGGAGGAUGAGGAUGAUGAAGGAUUGUUGUCACCACGAUCUGGAGUCUCACUAGAGGGCGACACUAACGCCAAACCAAAGAGACACAGGUCUACCUCUGCCGCCACUGAAAUGUUCCAAGAAGACGGGGUUGAGCAUUCCCAAGGUUAUCCCGGCAGACGGACAGGAAAGUCUGAGAGUAUUACAAUACCUUCUGACCUCAACGAUCCUGUCGGCCACAGUGACAGUCCUCAUGUACAACCAGUGCCCAAGCCACGAAGUCCUCGCAAGAAUAUAGACAGGUCUCGGCAAAAAGACGGUUUCUCAACUGGAGAAGAAGGAUACGGCACCCUGUCCAGUGAAGUAUCGACGCUCAGUAAUUUUCGUAGAGCUCCAGGUCCUAAGAGGCGCACUCCAACAAGGAAGAUGAGAACAUUGCUGAGUCCGGAUCACUUUGACGGCCAUGUUGAUUUAGAGAACAUAGACGAGGAGAGAAUGGAGUCUCCAGACUUUGACCUCCCAGCCCUUACCAGGAAUAAUACACAGAUCGAGGAGGACGUUAAUCAUAAUGAAAAGAAACCCACAAUAAGGUUUCUUGAUAUUCACGAUGAGCGUAACAAAAUUCCGUCUCCAGAGAGGUCACCAAAUAGCAGUAGAAAACAGCCGUUUGUUCCUCCACUUGACCUGUCCACACUGCAUGAGAAUGUGGAGGGUGGAGGCCCCAUACUUGCAGAGAAAGGCCCUUCCAUAUCAUUCCAGAAAGCCAAGUCUAUGAAAGAGGAGGAGCCACUGCUGUCACCGCGCUCACAAAAGAUGAAGAAGAAAUCCAGUAUGAGGUCAGAUGAUGAGCACACCCUGGCGGUGAAGAAACUCACUAAACAUAUUCAGUCAUUGAAAAAGAAAAUAAAACAUUUUGAGGAAACCUUUGAAGCAGAGCAUGGAUACAGGCCGUCACAGCAAGACAAGUCGUCCAAGCCAGAGAUCAAGAGAUACAUGAACGACCUGGCCAAGUCACGGAAGGAGCUUAAACUUCUAGUCAGUGAGGACCAAGCCAACCAGCAUUCUAGCCUUAAAGAAGACAGUCAUAUGGACCAGCUGGCAGAGACGUACCCCGGUGGACGUCCAGACAGCGGACAUCAUCCCACUGGACACGAUGCGGACGGACCGACCAUGCAACAGACGCUGGACAUAUUGAUGAAGAAACUGUCUGACAAGAGGAGGGAUGCCAACAGACCCGAGGCUUUAGAGAUGAUGAACAGAGAGCAGGUGCAGGAUGAGAAACUUGCCGUCCAAAAAGUUUUAUUGCAAUUUGAAAAUUUCCAUGGCAGACCUGUGACCAAGCCAGAGAAAGAAUUGAUGAGGCCACUCUAUGAUAGAUACAGGAAUAUUAAGAGGACUCUUGCCAAGCCUAUCUCGCCAUCAGAGAAGGAUUUACCUUCCGUGCCAGAGGGACACACCAUGGACUUCUCACCUGGAGAGAAGACAGUCUCUCAGCCACUGCCUAAAGAGCCAGUCCACAUUCACCUCCCAGCAGCAGAAAUGGACGACCAGGAUGAAUUUGGUAGCGGGGAAUUUUCUGUCACCAAAAACAUGUCCUUGCUUCAGGACACCACAAUGUUAGGGGUGAAAGGCAAAGUGAAGGAGUCCAAUUUGCAUGAACUGUCCAUGGAAGAGCUACUUGCAGAACAAUCAAAAACAAGAACUGAAAAGAAAAGAUUACGAAAAUUUUUGCGAGAGUUUGAAGAUGAUUUCCUGAAGGAAAAUGGAAGGAAAGUGCAGAAGGAGGACAGACUACCCAUGAGCACAGAGUAUAAUGACUAUAAACAAAUCAAGGCCAGACUGAAACUCCUGGACGCUCUUAUUUCUAAACAUGAUCCCAGCAGCACCAUAUGACCUAGUAUAGGUGGCGCCACAUUCUACAGUAAGUUUGCCUGACCACUGGACAAGUUUGGUCGCAGUGAAGAUGGCAGGAUGGCGUGCAUUGAAUGCUGGGUACUGAAAGCCAGUCAUCCUUACACAGCGGUGAAGGGAGCCUGAGGACCUCGUCGUGUUCUUAACAGAAGUUGCAUUCCAUGAUUGCAGUGUGGAAACCAAAGCUUAUUUUUGCUAGAAAACUUCUGCUGCAGAUAUGCACAGAAAUAUUGUGUAUGCUAUAAUGUAUACAAUAAUACAAAUAUAGUAAUCAUGACAGCAUGUCAGUGUAGUAUUGCAGUGUAGUAUUGCUACACUAAGAUUUAUAAAUUUGUUGAAGUAUGGAUUUUGCAGUUUGCAUACAACUGAAAGUUGUGAAGUGAACUUUUUUGAUGGCAGCUGCAAAAUGUCAUAACAAGAAGAGAGUUAGUAGUUAAAUAUAAUAUUAAGGGCAACUCAAAGGCCAGUGGGGUUGUACAUUGUUAUAUUAAUUCCAGAAAAAGAACAUUGAACAAUGAAAAAUGAAAUGGACUAGUAAAAUAUAACCUGUAGAUAGAAAACCUCACAGGAAGUUUCUGGCAGAAUCCAAACGUGAUUUUGUUCAGGUGACAGGCAGCAAGUACCACUACAAAUUCUCAAAAAAAAAAAAAAAAAAAAAAUCAAAAUCAUUUUAUUGAAAUAAGCACGUUAAUGUGUAAAUUCAGUAUUUUGCCCCUUGUGCAUAUCUUACAAGUCUCAUGCCUUGUGCUGAAACACUUUUUUUAACACAAGAAAAUGUAAAAUCCUUCCAUUAGAUAUUUUCUUGGAGUGAAUUUCUGUGCUUGCCUUCCUAAGUAUACCAGUGUUUACCUGUGCAGGUGUUAGACAGACAAGUCCAGGGCUCAGUAACUCGAUAGCAUCGCAAAUUGCAAAUAGCGAUAUCACCUCUUAUUUCGAGGCUAUUAUAUGGGGCGAGUAAAUCCCCAAGUUAUGGAAUAGAGUUGCAAUUUGUGAUGCUUUAAAGUUACAGAGCCCUGGGUUUAAUGCUGUAUCUGACAUGGUUACAUUAGUGUCUCUUUGGCAGCGUGACAAGACAGGUGUUAUAUAUGAGGAGGAACAGGUUCAAAUAUCUGGGUUGUUUUCAGCCUUUGUUAAAACCUUGAUUAAGUAUAGUGGCAGGAGAAAUUUACUCGGUUGAGACAUUUUCAGCAGCUUUGAGUAACUUUGAGAGUUGAACCUUUAUGAUAAAAAUUAUUAUGUUAGUUGCAGUGUGUGCCUGAAUUUCAUCACCACUUGAAAAAUAUUCUCCACGAAAGCAUGUGACAGAAUUGAACUCUGAUGAAUUGAGAACAAUAAGACUGUGAUAUAGCCAUACCCAGUGCCAUCCAAAGUUUUUGAAAUGUGUUCACUAAAACAACCCCUCUACAAGUCCCUCUUCUUGCUAGUAAUGUAUGUUCAGGGAAAUUGUUCCAACCAAAUCUCACAUCUGUCACAUUUUAUAUCCUAUGUGAUUAUCCUAAUAUCCUACACGGUUAUCCUAAAAUCCUACACAGUUACCCUACUAUCCUACUCAGUUAUCCUAAUAUCCUACAUAGUUAUCCUGAAAUCCUACACGGUUAUCCUUAAUAUCCUACUCGGUUAUCCUAAUAUCCUGCAGGAUUAUCCUAAUAUCCUUCAUGUCUAUACCACUCUUGAACUUACCCUGAACUUCAAAUGCUGAUAGUGACACUGGUUUAGAGGAAAGUUGCUGUCUGUGCUCAGAAAUUUGGGUGAUGGAGCCUUUGUGUAGGAUGAAAUUUCAUUAUAAACAAGUUUAUUUCAGGUUGUUACAGUGGAAAUGUGCAUGGGUCUGUAGAUGUAAGAUACUAAUCCGUCCAUUAGCUACUUCCCAUUGCAUUGGUCCUUGUGUUUUGACUAAGGGCAAAGAAUGAAGAUUACUAAUGUUUUCUAUUUUUGAAAUGAAAUGUGUCAUAUUUCAAAAUCAUUUUUGAGUACACUGAAAAUACACUUUAAGGUUAAAGGUUAACAGUAACAGGAGUGAUGACAAGGUCAAGGUCAAAACCUGAUUUUGGAAUUGCCUGUACCUGAGGGAAUCUUCAUUGUUUCCACAGUGCUUUCACUGUUCUUCACAGAUUUUUGCAACACUGCCUGAAUCUAAAGGUUGUUUUGGUGAUAAAACAUAUCUUUUUUUGUUUCUAUAUAUAAUUGUUUCACUAAUUGUCUUUUCUACAACUUAUUUUUGCAUAAAUCCAGAUGUCUGUCACUUAAUCUUUCAGUAGUCUUAUCAAGAUUUACAUUGUAUAUUUGUAUAGAAUGUUAAGUAUAUUGGUACCAAAGUGUCAAGUAAUGUAUAUUCUCUGCAGCAUGUUACUUGAGAGAAAUCCAUGGACAUUACUAGUGAUUUUGAAAGCCAGGAUAAAAAUUUAUAUUUGUACGUUUAAAGACAUUAACUGUAUUGUCUUAGAUUGGAAAUUUUGCCAAAGAUGAGCAGGACUGGCAUCCACUAAAAAAAAGGAUCCUGCUUUGUAACCUAGAGUAAAAUUACAAGAUUUUUGUGGGAUCUGAAAAAGUGGCAGAAUAUAUUGAUGAAAGGUAUCUCCACUGUGCUUCAUCUGAUUUAGCCACAUCAAUAUACUGUUUGUGAAACUUGAAUACACACAAGCAUACACAGUACUUUAUGGUAAAUAAAGUUUGUACAUUUUAAAACUUAAAACUGACUUCACUUGUGGUUUUUACAUCAGUUGAGCUGUAUUAUGACCA